AGCAAGAGAUCGAGUUCUCAGUUUUUAGUUUUCACUCUCAGAGUCUUAGUAGAUCCCAAGUGGGUGAGAAAUGCAAUUGGUGUCUCGAUACCUUACAGUCUUUUAACUUCCCCAGCCAAUUUCUCACUUCCCCAUCUAUUUUCACCUAAUUUCUGCGAUUUCGGAGCUCGAUUGGGGCGAAACGCUUCAAACUGGGAGCUGCCCAAGUACAAACUCCGGCGCUUAAAUGAGAUUGAUUUGUUGUGACUCGUGAGUGAAUGAAUGACACCGAGGAUGAUGCGAAGUACCCUCCCAACACGGGCAGGAUGAGUGAUGAUUAUGGGUCGCCCGAAAAUCUGAAACAUCUUCCUGAAUAUGAUGAUGAUGAUGAUAUAGAGAAUGACAGCGAGGCAGAGGAGGAGGAGGAGGAUGGGUAUGAUACGGACGAUGGAGAUUCGAAGAAGGUUCAGAAGAAGAGGAAGCUGAAGAGCUUGUUGUCUAGUUAUGAGUUUGCGCCUCGGGCACCGGCUGCUGGCAGUGGUGGGCGGAACCCACUCUCAGAUUGGUCUGAGCACGAGACAUUCAUUUUACUGGAUGCUUGGGGGGAUAGGUUUCUCAAGCAAGGGAGGAAAAGCCUUCGGUCUGAGGAGUGGCGAGAAGUGGCCAAAAAGGUCUCUCUUGACUCCAAAAUUAAAAGGACGGAUACGCAAUGCAGGAACCGUUUGGAUACCCUGAAAAAGAAAUACAAAAAGGAAAAGAUGAAGGUUGGAGAGACGAAAAGCGUGACGGGUAGGUGGGUAUACUUCAGAAAGAUGGAUGCUUUACUGUCGUCUAACCAGAAGCAACAAGGAGAGCCCAACAAAUCUCAUAAAAACUUACCUAUCAAUGGCAUGGAGGAGAAGAGGGAGAGUGACGAUUCAGUAGAGGGUCUUCUUCCAAGUGGAGUAGCAAAGAAAGGGCAGACAGCAGGAAGGGAUGAAUCUUCAUUGAAAGUACUGGUGGACUCUAUUCAUAAAUUCAGCAAGAUGUAUGAGAAGAUCGAGAACAGAAAGACACAACAAAUGCUGGAACUGGAGAAGAUGCGGAUGGAUUUCCACAGAGAGUUGGAGGCACAAAAGCGACAGAUGCUGGAGAGAACAAAGGCUGAAAUCUUGAAAAUCCGGCAAGGUGAUUAUGACGAGGAUCAAUAAUGUGAGUGGCCCAUGCAUAUGAACGCGAGUGGUUCGAAAUUCUGUAUGUACGAAUCGGAGUUGUAUUUAGGCUGCUACCUGUGAAAGUGUAUCAUAGAUUAUAUUGUUAUGGUGACUCAAACCCCUCAUGAGAAGGCAAUGUAAAAGUAACUUGUACCCUAAGAAUUACUGCUAGCAGCAUUACCUUACAUAGUGUGAGUAGGUAGUAAGUAAUACACCUUAAAACUGUAAGAGUUGUAUCAUUGCUUAUGUAUUUGAUUUUGAAUUUUUUUUUUUACGAAAAAAAUAAAUUUGACGUUU